GAGCCUGCAGAUUUAGGCUGAGAGUUCAGCACUACAGUCCUUCACUACUCGCAGUGCAGCAGUGCUACCAAUGAGCAGCCUGCAGUCAGUGGACUCUAUUACGCUGACAGUGUUUUCCAUCCUGUUCGCAAGUUAGGAUGAAAGAGCUGGGUGUGGCAGUUCUGCUUGUCUCUUUGGCUGUAACUCUACUGGUCCAUGUUAGUGGAGAGUACUGUCAUGGCUGGAGGGACACCAGGGCGCAGUGGAGAGAAGGGUUCCACUGUCCAGAGCAGAUUGAUAAAAGAGAAGCGGUGUUAUGCUGCGGUCACUGUGACCUGCGUUAUUGCUGCGGAGACAGCCGGGCCAGACUCGACCAGGGAACCUGCGCUGACCACAGUCGGGGACAGGAGACCCACAUCAAUGAGCAUACAGCAGAGCUGCCUGUCUAUGUGCCAUUCUUGAUUGUCGUUUGUGUGUUCGUGGUCUUUGUCCUGCUGGGGUCCAUGGUGGCUGUCUGUUUCUGCCUGAGCCAGAAGCCCCUCCCCCCUGCACGGCCCAGCCAUUCCUCAGUCCAGGAAUCACCACCCUUGCCCUCCGAGCCUCAAGAGAUUCUGCCCUUGACUGCGAGCACUGGAACCUCCUGCGGCUCUUCAUCCUCAUUAUACCCCCUCAACAAUGCCUCCCAGAGCCAGACCAGCCAACUACACCCAAAACUAGAGAAACAGCAGCAGAAUGCUCCGCCCCCCUCCUUCCACCUGCGUCCAAACCCUGCCUUCCACCGGACCAUGACUUUACCCACAAUGCUUCACCCACUAAUGUUCCCCACCGCAAUGCUGAACCCCUAUAUAAUGCCUACUCAGGGUCUGAGGCCAUACAGGUCAGUGCCCUCUCCGUGCCCACCUAUUACCAGCACUGGCACAAUACAAAGGAGCAGUGAAGUUAUGGUGUGAUAGACAUGGACAGGAAUGAACACCAGUGUGAAAAUAUGUCCAUAUGAAGCAUCUGUUGUCAAAAGUGUGGAAAGUUAAGAGGGAUAUAACUGGAGUUAACCAUCAGAAGUCACAGUUAUACUGGUGAUAACAAAAAAAACACUUGUUAUACCUAAAUAAUUUCUCACUCUUACCUCAUUGAAACCAAUUUCCAGAAACCAGAAUUCUCUGGAAGGUGUGAAGGUUUUCACACAUAGGCCACUGACAGGUGGUGUACACAUGUACACUUGUUUGCAAGGGUUAAGGAAUGAGAGAACUAGAAAAAAAACAGGACAGGAGCAAAUUCAAAGACAGGACACAACAGAGAAAUGAGUCAUGGGACAGAAGAAGAUAUCAAAAAGGUCACAAAGAAAGCGGUUAUGAAAAAAAGAAAGGGGUCAGAGGCCAGGAUAGAUCAAGACAAGACAGGUUAGACGUGAAAAAAAAUUACAGGCCAAGAAACAAAGAAGUUCAUAGGACAGGAACAAAAAUCACAGGACAGGACUCGAAAGACAAGGACAAGAUAAGAAAAAAACUUACACGAGAGGGUACGAAGAACGCCACAGGACAGGACAAGGCAGGGGAAAAGUCACAGGACAGGAAAAAAAUAACAAAGAUGUGAAAUGGUUACUUGACCGAGAAAAAAGUUACAAACAGGACAAGACAGGAAAAAAAAUACAGGACAGGAUGCAAAGAAAGUCACACAGGAGUACAAGACAGGGAAAAUGUUACAGGACAGGGUGAGUAGAAAGUGACAGGACAGGACAAGACAGGGAAAAAGUAACAAGACAAGAAGCAAAGAAAAUCACACGGCAGGACAACAUGGAAAAAGAUACAGGAGAGGAAGCAAAGAGAGUUACAGGACAUGUCAAGACAAGGAAAAUGUUAAAGGACAGCAAAAAAGUCACAAGACAGGAAAAGACAGGGCAAAAAGAAAAGCACAGGACAAGACAGGGAAAAAGAUACAGGACAGGGUGAGUAGAAAGUGACAGGACAGGACAAGACAGGGAAAAAGUGACAAGACAAGAAGCAAAGAAAAUCACACGGCAGGACAACAUGGAAAAAGAUACAGGAGAGGAAGCAAAGAGAGUUACAGGACAUGUCAAGACAAGGAAAAUGUUAAAGGACAGCAAAAAAGUCACAAGACAGGAAAAGACAGGGCAAAAAGAAAAGCACAGGACAAGACAGGGAAAAAGAUACAGGACAGGGUGAGUAGAAAGUCACAGGACAGGACAAGACAGGGUAAAGUUACAGGAUAAGACAGGGCAGGAAAAAAGUUAAGAAGACAGUAUGGCCGAAAAGUCACAGGACAGGACAAAACAAGGAAAAGUUUACAGGACAGGGAAAAACAUCAGGACAGACUGAGAUAGAAACAAAUAUUACAAGACAUAGAAUGAGAUAUGAUAGGACAUGAAAAAGUCAUAGAAUAGCACAAGAUAAUGAGAAAAUGUUCAGGACAGGACGCAACAAAAAUUAUUUUAACAGGAUUGUGACAAGCCAAGAACAAUUUGGACGGGGCAUUUAGAUGUUUGUAUGUUUCUGAUCUUUCUAUGCUUUAACAUAUUGGAUGUUUGAGCCACAAUGUAUAAACUUUUAACCUCUGAAAUGCACCACAGACAAAGAGUAUGAGACUCCAAAGCAUCAUGGAGGCCUUUUAUUGUCUGCUGACAUCACAUAAAUGUGCACUAUUAUUUCGAUGUGUUGUGUUGUCGCAUUCUUGUUUUAAAAAUGGCUUUGAGUAAACAUGAAUUUGUCAAACUCAUAUGCCAUAUUCUGAUUUCAUAUUUUUCAUAUCUUUUUUUGUAGCUUAACAAUACAGUAGCCUCAGGUCUCCCUCAUGCUGUGCUGAUGACAGCAACAAGCUUCUAAUAACCUUCACAGCCGGCCUAUAUUGGAUUGACAUUGGGAUAUUGAUUUGAACAUGUGUGUUCACAGUAGGGGUUUAUAUGGGUGGACAGAAAGGGUGGGGUUUUAAAUGUGGUGGAAGUGUUUUGAGCGUGAAUUGGGGUCACAUCAGAAUUUGUGAAAACUGGACAUAUGAUGUGUGGUUGAUAAUGACAUUUACUUCCAUACUAAUUCAUUCACACUGAAUAAAUAGACGUAUCAGUUGUGGUACUGCCCUGAUGUUGCAGCUGUAAAUCCCUCUGUCUUUCUGUAGUGGGUUACAGUAUUUGA